UUAGCAUCCCCCUCAACUUCCAAGUGCUCUGCGAUUUUGCCCUAAUUCAAAUUAAAGGCUUUUUCUCAUUUCAAUUUAAUGUAUGAAAUCAAAUCAUUAAGUUUUAGUAAUCUGUUAUUUAAACUGUUCAUUUCCUGUUCAAGUGUUGGGUAAAGUUUAUUAGAAUCAGUUACUCAUCUUCAUUGAGGUUUUCUUAAAUUAUGUUUGUAUGAUCAGUAGUAUGAUGGGAUAAGAAGAUCAUUUUCUUCCGUCUUUGAAUGGUUUUUUGAAAUUACCCAACUGAUGUUUGUGAAAUUGCCUGACUGAUGGUAUUAGUGAAGCCAUUGAAUAGAAAAAAUGAUUUUGAUAACUAACUUUUGCUUAUAGUUUGGGGUAUUGUACAAUUUCGUUUUCAUAGUCAAUUUUUCAUGAAUCCUCUGCAAUCUUUCAGUUUUGUGUAGUGAGUUAGUAACUCUUUAAUAGACUUAUUGUGCCAAAAGGUAGUGGUGGUAGUGUAAUGCCAACACUGUAAGCUGUAACUGUAGUGAACUAGUCAGCUGUAGGUUAAAUGGCUAGCUAAUAGGCUAGUGGUGAAUGGCAAUAAGAAAGCUGCAGCGAUUAGUUGGCUAGUAAUGGUUAUCUAUGACAUUGGUCGCAGCUUGCAAAGAUGAAUGGAAACUGCAUAGUAGAGGUGCUAGUGUUCUCUGGUUAAUAUGACAGAGCUUCAUAAAGUUGAAAGGUCAUAUGGAAUCAGUGGUUAAAUUGAAGGGUAUUGACUUAAAUACUUCCCAACAGAACUAUAUACGGUUUGAGUGGGUAAAUUCUGCGGCUGCAGUCCAUAGCCCUCCCAUUCAGAAUAUAAAGGGUGAAGCUUGCUUCUUGUGGUGGUGAAGUUCUAUGCGUUGUGGUAUUUAAUGUUCUGAUAUUGAUAGUACUUGGUUUGAGUUCUAUAUUGUAUGGAAACCCUCUCUCUUUGUAGUUGAUAAACAAAUUGGAAACUACUGUAUACAUUAGGAGGGCAGCUUCUGUGUUAGUGCUUUUAGAAUAUUCUUAAAUGUUAUUUUUCUUUCCAGUCAAUUGAUAUAUCAGGUUAACCAUGCAUCUGUUUGAGUUUAGUGGACCUGCUAGUUGAUAAGUUGCCUAACAUAAUAUAAAUAUCAUUAGCUACUGGUAUUUUCGGUGUAAAGUCACUAUGAUGGGGAACAUACUUGUCAUAGUCAUGGCAUAUUAAAAUGUUGAUACUAUCACCAUCUACCUAGCAAGCAUUUAUUUUAGCAAUAUGCAAGCGUUUUUGUAAGACUUUCACAUAUAGCGCAAUUGUUGUGAUAUUGAGCAAAUCCCAUGCUUAUAUACCAAGUCUACUUUAGUCGAUAACAUCCUCCUUCCAGAGUUAAGAUUGAAAUGAUUUUCUGCACAAUUUUUGUUUCAGAAAACUGUAAGAGGGAAAUGGUUAUCUGGCAAAUCACUUCCCUAAACCCGUGCAUGUUUCAGUAGGUAUAACUGUAAGGCUCAGUCUGACUUAGGUGAGUCAACUGAGGAAAAAGGCAUUUACUACGAGCAGUACACAUUUAUUAUGCAUCUAUGGUUUAUUAAAAGGUACAAAAAUAUUUUGAAUUAAAUAUGUGAUGGUAUCUAUAUGUGAUUCGACUGGUGGAGUUAUGUGGAAUGGGAAAAUUUAGAAGAAGAUGAGAGGAUUUCGUGUGGCUUCAUAUUGCUCCCAAUUGUCAAAGGCUGCUCGUUUAGUCCAUGCCACUAGGCCUCUCUGCACGAAAACAUAUGACAGCAAGGCAACAGCAGUGAAGCCUGUGAGAGAUGAUGAUGCGUACCGUCAGCUUGAGAACCUUGACUGCAUGACUGCUGCCAAAAUGCUUUUUACGGAUCCUUCAAAGAAAAAGGAAUUUGGGCUUGAUUUCCAUCUGGUCCAGUUCUUCUUUUGCUGCCUGCCUUCAGUGGCUGUAUAUCUGGUAGCGCAGUAUGCUCGUUAUGAAAUCCGAAGGAUGGAGGAGGAAGCUGAGGUGAAAAAGAAAAAAGAUGAGAGAGAAGAGAAAGCUAAAGGGUUGGAAGUAAAUGCCUCGAAAGAAAGUGAAGAGGCAGAGUCUACAGGUGAGCUUCUUAAAGUGAAAGACAGAGUAGAGGCAUUAGAGGAAGCAUUGAAAGAGAUAGUCUUAGAAAAGAAGAAACUGUCUUCACACUCAUCCGAAGAAAUUAACAAAAGUGAGAAUGUUGAAGCGAUCAAAUCAAUUUCUGAGAAUAAAUUAAAAGAUGUCAAUGCAGCGGGCAAUUCUGAUCAACAAUCCAAGACACAUCCAUCGAGCCAUGAAACCGCCGCUAAGUCAGGACCUGAGAGAGAUUCUGUUCAUUUUGCAUCCUGAGUGGUGUUUGAAAAAAAUAUGAUAUUUGGACCCAAAUAGAGCCAGCUGGAUGGGAAGAUGUGAUAUUUUUUUGUUCAACUCUCUCAUCUUUUUAGCUCAUGGUGCCUUACAUUUAAGGCAUGUAAACAAUUUUGAAUCUGUUCUCUUUCAACAUCUUUAUGUAAGAACUAUAUUAUUGGGGAUUAAAAAGGAUGGGUUUUUGGGGA